AUGUCAACUCCUCCGCCUCCCCCUGCGACUCCCAGUCUCAGCCUGCCAUGGCGAUUCAGCUCUUCCCUGAUCAUGGGCCUGACGGGCUCAUUAUCUCGAGGCUUUCUUUUUGGAUUGAACAGAACCGAGGUGGUUGGAUUGGACAGGUUUCUUGAAACUCUUGACAGCAGGAAGAAUGUUGAAGGGAGGGCGCGGGGUUUAAUUACAGUGUCAAAUCACGUCAGUGUCAUUGACGAUCCUUUGAUAUGGGGAGUUCUUCCCUUCAAAUACGCGUUCAGUCCCUCGAACCAUAGAUGGAGUUUAGGAAGUUAUGAUAUCUGCUUUCAGAACAAAUUUCUCUCCUCAUUUUUCAGCUACGGUCAAGUCCUCCCAACACAUCGUGGCGAUUACUCCCCAAUCCAUGGAGGGCUCUUCCAACCCACCAUAACGCAAGCAAUCCGACUCCUAUCUUCCCAACCCUUCACAAAGACUUUAAGCACCGAAACAUCCCCUACAAUCAGCGACCCCUUUAGUGGUGGUUCUCUGACCUAUUCCACGACUGGCACAGACAUUUUCCCAGCUCCCUCGGCGUACCCAUCACGAAGACAUUCUUGGGUCCAUAUAUUCCCCGAAGGUCGAGUACACCAGCACCCCACCAAAUCUCUCCGCUAUUUCAAGUGGGGAGUUUCCCGUCUAAUCCUUGAAUCCGAACCCCUUCCCGAUAUCAUACCUAUAUUCAUAGACGGAAACCAGUACAUCAUGCACGAAUCACGUGAAUGGCCACGUUUUGUACCUCGAGUUGGAAGAGACGUAAAAAUUGCAUUUGGUGAAAAGGUUGAUGGGGAGAAGGUGUUUGGGGAAUUGAGAGCACGGUGGAAAAGGCUAGUAAAAUUGCAGAAAGAUGCGCUGGUGAAGAAGGGCCUGCCGACAGAUUUGGAGAUGGGUGAUUUGAGUGAAGGGCUGAAAUACUGCAGCGAGGCCGUUGCGCUCAGGAAAGAAGUCACGAGAAGGAUUAGAUUGGAGGUACUGAAGGUUAGGAGGGAAUUGGGAUACCCGGAUGAAGAUCCAAAAGAAGGCCUCGUUGAGACGUGGAUUGAAGAAGGCGGAAAGAAAACUGGAAAGAUGGAAGAUGGGAGUUAUAUUGGGGAGACGUGA